AUGGCUCCAUCGACCCCUGUGUCUGGAUUGUCUCUUCCAUGCCUGGUGCUGCUGCUUCUCCUGGAGAUCCCUGGGGCCGGGGGGAGCCAGGAGUUCCAGCUGCUGGAGCCCCGGGGCACCGUGUGGGUGUCACCGGGAGAGACUCUCACUCUGAGCUGCUCUGUGACUGGGCUCGCUCCACCAGGACCCGUGAAGUGGUUCAAGGGCUCGGGCAGUGGCCGCCAGCUCGUUUAUGACCAGACGGGAUCAUUCCCCCGGGUGACGCGGGCUGUGAGUGGCUCUGACACAGACUUCACCAUCCGCAUCAGUGACACCCGCCCCGAGGACGCCGGGAUCUAUCGCUGUGUGAAGUUUAGGAAGGUGUCGGGAGGCGAUAAGGAGAUCAGAUCCGGCGCUGGCACGGCCGUGUCUGUGCUCGCCAGACCGUCGUUCCCGUCCGUGUCCGGCCCCCCCGGCAGGGCAGAGCCGGGUCCCUCAGUGAAUUUCACCUGCACGUCAGGAGGAUUCUCCCCCAGAGACAUCAAUGUGACCUGGUUCAAAAAUUGGGCCAAACUCCCAGACCCCCAGACCUGGGUUCAGCCUGAAAAUGGGGGUGUCUCCUAUAACAUGUCCAGCACCGUGGGGGUGAGGCUGACCCCAGGAGACGUCCGCUCCCAGCUCACCUGUCGGAUACAGCACAGCACCUCCCCGUUUCCCCUGCGUGAGACUUACUACCUCAGCGCUGCCCUGCGAGUUCCACCCAGGCUGCGAGUGGGCACUGACCCAGCGGCGCCCAUCGCACUGAACGAGUCUGUGACGUUCACCUGCCGCGCGGAGGGGUUUUACCCGAAGGACGCGAGUCUCACCUGGCUGGAGAACGGAAAUGAGAUGGAUCUGGGAAAAUCCUCCCCCCUGGCUGAGAAUCCAGACGGGACGUACACGCUCCAGAGCUCCCUGGAGGUCAAAGCAACUGAGCAGAGGAGUCAGUCUGCGUUCACCUGUCGGGUUGUGCACAAUUCCCAGCCCCCAGUCGGUGCCUGCGAGAUGCUGAGAUUCUCCCAGUCACCUGCUGAGCCAGGUAAAGAUCCCACUUCAUGUGAUACAGGUCAGAGCCCGUUCUCCAGCCCAGCUCUCUGGAUCGGGCUCUUCCUGGAGAAGGUGCUGACUGCCGCCUUCCUCCUCUUCCUCUUCCUGAGAAGUAAACAGUGACCAGCCCCUGGUCUAUUUCCUGGUUUUCUCGCACUGUCGCCACCUGCCAACUUCUGUCUGCAGCCUCUGUCCCCGCAGUGGAGGAAACGAGUCCCUGGAUGGUGGAGCUGCAGUGACCCCUGCUGGCCAAUCAGAUGGAG